GCAGUUUCAUGUGCAUUGGCUGCAUACAAAUUGAAGCGUCCUGUUCGUAUGUACCUUGAUCGUAAAACAGACAUGAUUAUGAGCGGUGGACGGCAUCCUAUCAAGGCAAACUAUACAGUUGGGUUAAAAAAUGAUGGAAAAAUUACAGCUUUGCAUGUGGAUUUAUUCAUUGACGCAGGAUUUACGGUUGAUUUUAGCCCUAUUUUUCCCUAUACUAUAAAUAAAACAAUGAUGAAAUACAACUGGGGAGCUUAUUCAGUUGACUAUAAAGUAUGUAAAACAAAUCUACCAAGCAAGUCUGCAAUGAGGGGCCCUGGAGAUACACAGGGAUCUUUCUUUGCUGAAACCAUUAUUGAGCAUGUUGCCUCAAUUCUAGGUUUGGAUUCAAUUGUUGUAAGAGAGAAGAACAUUCACACACUUGAAAGUGCCAAGCUCUUCUAUGGAUCUUCUGUGGAGAGUCCUGUUAGUUAUACAUUGCCUUCAAUAUGGGAGAAACUAAAGCAAUCUGCAUCUUUUUAUGAGAGGACGAAGAAUAUUAGAGAGUUUAAUGCUACUAACCGAUGGUUUAAAAGAGGCUUAUCCUUGGUACCAUGCUUUUAUGCAGUAAGACUUUCUUCUAGACCAGCAAGAGUAACCAUAUUUGAAGAUGGUUCUAUUGCUGUAGAGGUGGGAGGAGUUGAGUUAGGUCAGGGAAUUUGGACUAAGGUAAAGCAGAUGACAGCAUAUGCUCUUGGUCAGUUAUGGCCAGGUUUAAGUGCAGAUAUUAUGGCAAAAGUUAGACUGUUUCAGUCAGACAGUAUCAGCUUAGCACAUGGAGGACUUACAUCUGGAAGCACCACAUCUGAGGAAAGCUGUGAAGCAGUUCGACAUGCUUGUGACAUAUUAGUUGAGAGACUUCAGCCAGUUCAGAUUCUUUUAAAGAAGAGCAAUCCAAAUGGUUUCUCUUGGAUGGAUUUAAUUUUUCAGAUAUCAGAAGGAAAACAUCAACGGACCAGGGUGGAGCAGCAAGACAAAGGCGACAUCGAGCGUACCUCAACUGUUCCAGUCAUUCAGGCUAAAAGCCAAUCAGUGGAUCUUUCUGCACAAACUUAUUGGGUUCCUGAUUCAAGUGCAUCACAAUAUCUCAAUUAUGGCGCUGGAGCAAGUGAGGUUGAGAUUGAUCUCCUUUCAGGAGCAACUACAAUCCUUCGGACAGAUAUCAUUUAUGACUGUGGAAGAAGCUUGAAUCCUGCUGUGGACCUUGGACAGAUUGAAGGUGCUUUUGUGCAAGGAGUUGGGUUCUUCAUGACAGAGGAACAUCAUGUUGACAACAAUGGAAAGCUUGUAUCUGAUGGAACAUGGACAUACAAAGUUCCUACAAUUGACACCAUACCUCGAAAGUUCAAUGUUGAGAUACUUAAUAGCCCUUUUCACCAAAAACGUAUUCUCUCUUCAAAAGCUUCUGGUGAACCACCUUUGCUUCUAGCAGCAUCUGUUCAUUGUGCAAUAAGAGAAGCUAUAAGAGCAGCACGCAAGGAGCUCCCAACUGAUAACAACAAACACUUCCGAAUGGACACCCCUGCAUCCAUGGAUGUCAUAAAAUCUCUGUGUGCCCUCAACAACGUAGAACUUUAUUUAAAGAGCUUGUGCAUUUCUACUAAACAAUAGCAUGAUAAUUCCGAAAUCAUAUUUUACAAUUACAAUCUAUUCGGACAUACUUAUUAAUGUUGAGAUGUAUUCUACAAUGGCACCAAAGGGUGGAGUGUAAUGGUGUGAAUGUGUUAACAAAAACUCUUAACUUUUACCUUAAUUUUGAGAUCCUUUUACAUGUCAAACUAUUGAUAUUUAAUAAUCAAAUAAAUUU